GGCCCGUUUACUCCAGCUCAGGCCGAACAAAUUUUUAUUAGGCCAAGAAAAGCUGAGAAGCCAAAAGGAGAAUAUAUAGUUGUUAUGUAAUCACGUUGCGUCAAAGGCUUGAAUAGUUCCAUUUAAUCUUGAGCCUAAAGUAUGCUAACGAGCUUGUACGAUGUAUAAAAUAGUGAAUCAGGUGACACAUAAUGACAAUACAAUGAAACAGCUUACACUGGGUGAGAUGGUCCUGAACCUAUUUAGUUCUCUAGGCGAUCGAAAAUAAUAUCGCUACUAAAUGUUAAAUUCCCUCUGGCCACGCGAUCUCUAUCGAUUUCAUAACGUAUUUAUCUGCUCUUGUAGCCGCUCCUGGCUGGUUCUAGCAACCAGCAAUCGGUGGCACUGGCUAUGUCUUGACGUGAGGAUAUUCUUCAUCCUGACCAUGAAGAUGAUGAGGGGCAGUAAGAGCGAAGAACAAAGCCCGUUGGAUAAGACACAGUGUCCGCAAUGUGACAAAUUCCCGUGCGACUGCAAGGACAAUGAAAAAGAAAAAGACAUUGAGGAGCACUCGAGCGACGGAGCUUCCGAUUCAGGCUUCGAAAUGAAGGCGGUACGACAAACGGGCGAAGGACGGUCAGAUCUCGUUGGCACGGGAGGACCACAGUUCAACCUUUUUAGCAAUUUGAUGCUGGACCAGAUGAUGCUCGCUAGCUAUCAACAACAGAUGAGUGUGUUCAUGCCGCCAGCGUUACGAGCGCUUAAAAUGUUCCAGGAAGGCGGUUUCGCCUUGCCAACACCACCGUGAUCGAUCCCCUCUAUCGAACAACCUGUGUACUUCACUCUAAAAUGCAUUGGCUAGUACCAACCUUGGAAGCGUCGGGCCGUUGUCCAAGUUUCUCUACCUUUCAUAAAUAGGCUUUCUUUUUCAGCUUAACACGAUGAUCUCCUGCGGACUGAACGCAAUGUAUCAUCCUUAUAUACAAAGGCUUUUUUAAUUACAUGCUUGAUCAGCCCUCUGUUCCUAAAGUCAUGUCGCAGGACUUGUGCAGAUAAGUGAACCGGCAGCUCUGCCCUUACAAGUAUGACAAAAAGAUAUAAAUACGAUAACUCUUUUAUAAUAACAGUACUACUAGUAAACACUGAGGAAGAGGAAGAAGAGUAUGAAACUCGAGUUGCGAGGACAUGACGGCACCGUUCGAGAGAGUUUUACGUUACUAUCAAUCGCGUACAUAUAGCACGGUACAAAAAUAGCAAAAAACUUAGGAUACGAGCCAUGUCACAUCGUCUCUUCACAACGUACGAUAAGGGGAUGCUGUUAUCACUUUAUCGGCGUUGGGCUGGGUCGGGCAGCGUUGAGCGGCGUGUCAUGGCAGAGAGAACGAUGGAACAAACAGAUAAAAAAAAAAGAUGAUGUAUGGAUGACGCUAGCGAGCUCGAUAGCCUCAAGAAAACUCCAACCGAUACAAAUAAGAAACAUGAACA